AUGAGUGAAGCUAUGGAAAAACGUAAAUUAGUGGCAGCAAUUGCUGAUGAAGAUACAGUAACGGGUUUACUUCUAGCCGGAAUUGGCCAAAUCUCCAACGAGCCAGGUAAAGAAUCCAAUUUUUUGACUGUUAUACCAGGAAAGACUACAGUCGAACAAAUUGAAGAAGCUUUCACCACUUUUACUUCAACUAGAGAUGAUAUUGCUAUUUUAUUGAUAAACCAACACUUGGCUGAUUUAAUUAGAUUUAAAGUCGACAGUUUCUCCAAUGCAUUUCCUGCCAUUUUAGAAAUCCCAUCAAAAGAUCAUCCUUACGAUCCUGAAAAGGAUUCUAUUUUGAAAAAGGUAAGAAAAUUAUUUGGAGAAUAG